ACAUGGCCGAUCGGAUGUGUGGCAAUAAGCUUUGAGCUUGUUUGCGUUUGUUUUUCUUUACGGGAGAGUAAAAUGCCGAAAGUAAAAGCAGCUAAGAAGAGCAGAGAACAUGGGCAAAACAAGGUGUAUCAACAAGCUCUACAGUUCAAAACGGAACAUGGGCAACAUAUUCUGAAAAACCCUCUCGUUAUAACCAGUCUGGUUGAAAAGGCUGGCUUACGAUCCACAGACACUGUUUUGGAAAUCGGUCCCGGAACAGGGAACUUAACGGUUAAGUUAUUAGAGCGAGUAAAAAAGGUUAUUGCUUGUGAGGUGGAUCCUCGCAUGGUGGCUGAGCUUCAGAAAAGAGUGCAAGGAACUCCUCAAGCAAGCAAGCUUCAUGUGAUGGUGGGAGAUGUUUUGAAGACAGAUCUCCCUUAUUUUGAUGUGUGCGUGGCUAAUCUUCCAUACCAGAUUUCAUCACCAUUUGUAUUCAAGCUCCUUCUCCACAGACCAUUUUUCAGAUGUGCAGUUUUGAUGUUCCAAAGGGAGUUUGCCCAACGUUUAAUCGCUCAACCUGGAGACAAAUUGUAUUGCCGGCUGUCAAUCAACACACAGUUGCUAGCCAGGGUUGAUCAUCUGAUGAAGGUUGGGAAGAACAAUUUCCGGCCUCCUCCAAAAGUCGAGUCCAGUGUUGUGAGAAUUGAACCCAAAAAUCCACCACCUCCUAUUAAUUUUAAGGAAUGGGAUGGUCUUGUGAGAGUCGCGUUUGUACGAAAAAACAAAACACUAAAUUCAUGUUUCAGUUCACGAGCGGUCGCAGAAAUGUUGGAGAAAAAUUACAAGAUUCACUGCUCGUUAAAUGAUAUUAUGGUAGAUGAAGGAUUUGAUAUCAAAGAGAAAGUUCAAAAGUUGUUAACAGAAAAUGGAUAUGACAAGAAACGAGCGCGCACAAUGGAUAUGGAUGAUUUUCUCGGUUUACUUCACCUAUUCAAUUCCAACGGUAUCCAUUUUACGUGAUGGUGUCGAUGGUGUCUGAAGAAUAUCCGUUUUAAUUCCUGUACAUAAAUAGCAAAUAUUCCACAUAUGAUUCUAAACUGCUAUUUUUGGUUCAGUCACUGAUCUCUUUAAAUACUCAGGAAGUAGUCGUGUUUCGUUGGUUUUCUCUAAUCAGCGUCGAAUUUCUGGUGAGGCCAAGAGAGGGGAACAUACAUUAUUGAUAAGAGACAUCUUUGUUUUUGGAAAGAAAAUGGAGAAGUCUCGGGCUGCAGCGAUUGAAAACUCUACACACAAUGUUUAUAAAUUGAAUAAAGAGGGAAGCCUUUGAAAGCUUUUGUAAGUUUUUCAUGAAGAAGAGCGCGAAGACUUUUACUUUGACAAGUUUGCCAGCUAACUCUACAUUGCAAAGAAAUAUUGUUAAUGAUGUCACAGGAAGAUACAUCACACUGAUUCUUUUGUAACGUUUACCAAUGGGACUAUCAUGCAAUGUCCCUGCCUAAAUAUAAUAUUUUCCCGAAUUAACUUUAAUGUGUAGAGAAUGAGAAAGAUGUUCAAUUCGUUUUAUCACGAGCUUUGGACAAAGAAAAUAAAACAAAGUUCCAACUACGGAGCAAACUGUUUAUCUUUGGA